CUGCAGCUGUCAUAUUCCUUCAGUUUGCCCAACGGAUACGCAGUAAGGAGUUGCAGCUGAUCACUGAUGGGAAAGCGAAGAACCAUGGGUGGAGUUUAUCACUUAGCAAGAUCCUUACCACCGUUUGCGUGCACAGUGGUACCUCUGUACUGAGGAAGAGCAUCCUUCCAAAUGGAGAGGGAGCAGCUGGUCUUGGAAACAAAGAGCAGAGUUCAGAUUCCACACAGUCUUCAGACCCCAGCACUGAUUGCAGUUUGUCUUCAAGUAACACACAGGAUGAGAGUGUGGUUUUCCAGGCAUCUGAUCAAGGAUUUAUAAAUGGAGAGAAUAUAUACUGUGCAGAAACGAGUGAGAAGCAAACCAACCAAGAUUUAGAGCUGGAUGUGGAGGAUGCAACGGAGAUGCUAUCGAAGUCGGUUUCUCAUCUGCAGAAAGCUAAUGAAUCAAGUGUUGCCAUCAUUUUAAACAUUAUGGGGCUCGACUGUCUUAAGACAGGUGAAGAUAACACUGCAUUGUCCUGUUUCCAAGUCGCUGCAGAUUACGGAUAUUGCAAGGCAGUGUACAAUGCUGGUGUUUGUUAUGAGUUGGGCAGAGGUGUAGUGAAGGAUAUGAUAAAGGCAGCUGCCUAUUAUAGAUGUGCGGCUGAGGCAGGUCACAACCUAGCGCAGUACAGGUAUGCAAAGUACCUUUUAAGUCCAAAGCAUGAAAAGCUUGCUGAAGAUGUAUACAAGGCAGUAACACUCCUGCAACAAGCAGCAAAGGCUGGACUCCCUGAGGCUCAGGCGUAUCUUGGUGUGUUUUACAUGAAACUGCCUUACCAGAAUGAUGUGAAAGCUGUGCAGUACCUGCAGCUAGCUGCCAGAAGUGGGGAUACUUCAAGUCUGUAUCAUUUAGGACUUUGUUAUGAAAAUGGUUUGGGAGUUCAGCAAAACCUUCAGAAAGCACUGAAACUGUACUACCAAGCUGCAUCUUCGGGUUGUCUUAAGGCCCAGGAAGCUUUAGAAUCGUAUUGCAAAAAAAGUCUGAAAGGUUUUGAGAACUGCAACCAGCUUAAAGCAGUGUUGUCCGUCCCAUGCCUUUCUACUCUGGAGAGAGUUCCUCACCAGAUGCACUUGCCAGGAAUGCACUCAGGCAUCACUCCAUCUGUUUCAUCAAUGUGUAGCUCUAGUACAGCCCUGCCCCAUUCAUGGAGCACUGGAAAUAUGUGCACUUCAUCUGCAAGAUCUUGGGAUAUAGUCCAAGGCACCAGCCUCGUGGGAAAAAAGGAUCAGACAGUAGCUGAACAGCACUUAUCUGCUGGUUGGACUGUUGGUAUUGGAUGAAAUAGAUGGAUUUUUUUAUUACCUCCAUUUGGGGAGCAUUAUUAGAGCACUUCAUGGAUAUAACUUGGAUCUAGGGCAGUCACUUGGCUGUUCUUUCAUUAGGGUCUAAUUUUGCACACUAUGGGAAUCGUUUAUCUGGGACCUAGCAGUGCAUUGGUAGUCUUGUAAAAGCAUGCACAGUGAAUUUUGCACUCUGUAUCACCUAUUGCUACUGCAUGAUGUGUGAGGCCACAGUAUCAGAUGCAGACAGUUGAUGCUACAUAAUCACACUGUUUUGCUCAUCUGGUAAAUGUUGGCUCCUGAACCGUUCGGUAUGGACCACGCUUCUUGCUCUUAUUUACUUAAACUAUGGCAACUGAAGAACUAUCAGUCCUCUUUUUCUUAGCAAUUCUUGCUUCAUUCUUCAUUGGGUAUCAUUUUUUUCUAUAGCAUGAUUUUAUGUAGUCUGCAUUUGUUUAUUUGUAUGUUAAAUUAGAAACAUUUCAUUAAACUAGGAUUUACUGCCAGGGUAUUUUCAGUUAAGCUUCCAAGGGUUAUUUAGGAUAAACAGAAAAGCAGCUGCAUUACACAAAUUGAAGUUAGAGGAAAGGGCCUCAGAGGUGCCUUAGUAAGCAUUUCCACUCACUGAAAGAGCUAGCUGCACCUGAUCAGACUUGGAAUUAUUGGUGUGAACUCAGGUAUGUACAAGAUGGACAAAACAAUUAUAUUGAGGGGUAGGGAGAGUUUUAAUAUUGCUUCACAGUGAACUGCAGCUCAUGCUUUAGGGAGAUAUUGGACAGGUAUUGAUUAAACAGUUGUCCUAGCUGUUCAUAUAUCACUUACUACUGACUUUCAAAGAUUAAGACUAAAAUGUAGUUAGUAAGUGGAAGCCCAAUGAAGGAGCUUUCAGUUAGCAGUGAAGGUGAUUGAGUCUGGGGUUGUGCCAUUGAGGGGUGGGAGAUUUACAGAGAGGAGGAGAAUAAAAAGUGGAAGGUAUGAAUUGCACUGAGGUCAUACCCAAAGAAAUAUAUGUGUUUGAUUUAUUUUUAUUUGUUAGUGAACUUCUUUUGGAAUGAUGACUUCUUGUCACCUGUAUCUGACUCUCAUUUAUUAGCAACACGGUUAAGGCACAGACAGCCAUAUAUUUUAUUUGCUAGUAUUUAUUUGUUUCUGUGCAGUCCUGUUUCUUAAAAAUUAAAACCACUUUGGCUUAAAAGGAC